CGCCCUGUAGGUUCCACCCGACUUCGGGUUGAUUGUGCUGAGAGGGACGAAGCAGGAGGGAGACAUUGUUACAUCUGGUAGCAGCAGGAGAGGAAUUACACAGUAGUUAAGAAGACAUCCAGUGAGUGUGAGACACCCAGCAGCCGUCCCCCGUGUGUCAGGUGGACUGAGCAGGACCCAGAGCCCCAUCCCGGUGCCUCCACCUCACUCACUGACACAUGAGAGGCACAGUGACCAGAAGAUCCUGGAACUCACCAACAAGAUCAUUCAGCUGCUGACCGGAGAGGUGGGGGGGGAAAUAUAGAGGAUCACAAGGGUCUGUACAAGGACGUGAUGAUGGAGACUCUCCGGCCCCUCACAUCGCUGAGUAAGAGGAGACUGUCAUGUAUUGUACAGGGGAGAGCAGAUGGACCCAGUAACAGAGAUACCCCAGAGAGAUGUCCCCAUCCUCUGUAUUCCCAGGAUUGUACAGAAGAGAAACACAGGAUCCCACAGGAGGAUCAGGGAGAUUGUAUAACUUGUAUAAAGGUAGAAGAUAUAGAGGGAGAAGAAGAGACGUAUGUGACUGAUAUGAAAGCAGAAAAUACAGAGGGAGAAGAAGAGACGUAUGUGACUGAUAUGAAGGCAGAAGAUAUAGAGGAAAAAGAGACGUAUGUGACUGAUAUGAAAAUAGAAGAUACAGAGGGAGAAGAAGAGACGUAUGUGACUGAUAUGAAGGCAGAAGAUACAGAGGGAGAAGAGACGUAUGUGAGAGGUGAUCAGCAGUGUAAGGAGGAGGAAAUCCCUACAGAUAUCACCACAGCAGAUGGAGGCACAAGCUGGAGGAAGUUGGAGGGAAAACUCAUUUUGUCUCCAGAUUUUAAAACAGAAGAUACAAUCGCUCAGGAUUCUCCAGGAAACAGUCUUAUUGCUUUAAUUAUGCAACCAGUACUUCCUAGUGAAGAUAUUUCAUCUGAUCCCUCUAAUCAUGGGGAAUGUUCUCCCGAUAACUCAAAUAUUGGCAAAUAUAGUACAGCUCAGACAGGUGAUUCAGUCUUUACCUGUUCUGAAUGUGGUAAAUGUUUUGUACAUCAGUCAGUUCUUGUUAAACAUCAGCUAAGUCACACAAGUGAGAAACCAUUUUCAUGCUCUGAGUGUGGGAAAUGUUAUACACAAAAAUCAAGUCUUGUAAAACAUCAGAAAAGUCACACAGGCGAGAAGCCAUUCCCAUGUCCCGAAUGUGGGAAAUGUUUUGUACAUCAGUCAGUUCUUGUUAAACAUCAGCUAAGUCACACAAGUGAGAAACCAUUUUCAUGCUCUGAGUGUGGGAAAUGUUAUACACAAAAAUCAAAUCUUGUAAAACAUCAGAGAAGACACACAGGCGAGAAGCCAUACCCAUGUCCCGAAUGUCGGAAAUGUUUUACACGGAAACAGGAUCUUGUUAUACAUCAGAGAAGUCACACAGGUGAGAUGCCAUUCCUAUGCUCUGAAUGUGGGAAAUGUUUUAUACAGAAACAAGGUCUUGUUAUACAUCAGAGAACUCACACAGGUGAGAAGCCAUUUUCAUGCUCUGAGUGUGGGAAAUGUUUUACAUGCAAAGCAGUUCUUGUUAAACAUCAGAGAUCUCACACUGGUGAGAAACCAUUUUCAUGUUCUGAAUGUGGAAAAUGUUUUACACAGAAACCACAUCUUGUUAUACAUCAGAGAACUCACACAGGUCAGAAGCCAUUUUCAUGUUCCGAGUGUGGGAAAUGUUUUAAACAGAAAUCAGAACUUGUUAUACAUCAGAGAAGACACACAGGCGAGAAGCCAUUCCCAUGCUCUGAGUGUGGGAAAUGUUUUUCAAAGAAACAAUGUCUUGUUCUACAUCAGAGAACUCACACAGGUCAGAAGGCAUUUUCAUGCUCUGAAUGUGGGAAAUGUUUUUCAUACAAAUCAGUUCUUGUUACACAUCAGAGAACUCACACUGGUGAGAAACCAUUUUCAUGUUCUGAGUGUGGGAAAUGUUUUACACAGAAACCACAUCUUAUUGCACAUCAGAGAAGUCACACAGGUUUAGAUGAGGAUGAAGGUCCCAGCUCUGUGGAUAUACUUCAGCUAAUUAGUGCUAUGAAAGUCAUUCUAUCCUUAGAGAAGGCAGCAGAGCCUUUGUUAAAAUUUAAGGCACCUGUGUUUAAAUGUCCCAAAACAGACAGGACUGAAUUUCCGGGGUCAGAACAGCUGACGGAGAAUAUGCAAGAGGCUUGGGUGGGAAGGACCGUAUCAAGUUUGUUGACCAGCACGACAGCACUGAAGGUUGCCGAGAAAGAGACGUUGGUCCACUCGUCCCACUGCAAGAAGGUGGCUGACAAGGAGAAAACUCGUGACAAAGAGAAAGAGUACAGAAGACCCAACGGAGAUCAUCGAUCAAAAGAUGGACGAGAUCUUGCAGGUGAAGUGGGAGUUCAGAAGGAAGCACAACCUUACCUUAACAGCUGUGGAAGACAUCCGGUGAGUGUGAGACACCCAGCAGCCGUCCCCCGUGUGUCAGGUGGACUGAGCAGGACCCAGAGCCCCAUCCCGGUGCCUCCACCUCACUCACUGAUACAUGAGAGGCACAGUGACCAAAAGAUCCUGGAACUCACCAACAAGAUCAUUCAGCUGCUGACUGGGGAGGUGGGGGAGUAUAUAGAGGAUCACAAGGGUCUGUACAAGGACGUGAUGAUGGAGACUCUCCGGACCCUCACAUCACUGGAUGGGCCCAGUAACAGAGAUACCCCAGAGAGAUGUCCCCAUCCUCUGUAUUCCCAUGAUUGUACAGAGGAGAAUCACAGGAUCCCACAGGAGGAUCAGGGAGAUUGUAUAACUUGUAUAAAGGUAGAAGAUAUAGAGGGAGAAGAAGAGACGUAUGUGACUGAUAUGAAGGCAGAAGAUACAGAGGGAGAAGAAGAGACGUAUGUGACUGAUAUGAGGGCAGAUAAUAUACAGGGAGAAGAAGAGACGUAUGUGACUGAUAUGAAGGCAGAAGAUACAGAGGCAGUAGAAGAGACGUAUGUGAGUGAUAUCAAGGCAGAAGAUACAGAGGGAGAAGAAGAGACGUAUGUGACUGAUAUGAAGGCAGAAGAUAUAGAGGGAGAAGAAGAGACGUAUGUGACUGAUAUGAAGGCAGAAAAUAUACAGGGAGAAGAAGAGACAUAUGUGACUGAUAUGAAGGCAGAAGAUACAGAGGCAGUAGAAGAGACGUAUGUGAGUGAUAUCAAGGCAGAAGAUACAGAGGGAGAAGAAGAGACGUAUGUGACUGAUAUGAAGGCAGAAGAUAUAGAGGGAGAAGAAGAGACGUAUGUGACUGAUAUGAAGGCAGAAGAUAUAGAGGGAGAAGAAGAGACGUAUGUGACUGAUAUGAAGGGAGAAGAAGAGACUCAUAUGAAGGUAGAAGAUAUAGAGAGAGAAGAUGAGAUGUAUGUGAGGUGGGAACAGCAGUGUAAGGAGGAAGAAAUCCUUACAGAUAUCACCACAGCAGAUGGAGGCACAAGCUGGAGGAAGUUGGAGGGAGAUCUCAUUUUGUCUCCAGAUUUUAAAACAGAAGAUACAAUCGCACAGGAUUCUCCAGGAAACAGUCUUAUUGCUUUAAUUAUGCAUCCAGUACUUCCUAGUGAAGAUAUUUCAUCUGCUCCCUCUAAUCAUGGGGAGUGUUCUCCCGAUAACUCAAAUAUUGGCAAAUAUAGUACAGCUCAGACAGGUGAUUCAGUCUUUACCUGUUCUGAAUGUGGUAAAUGUUUUGUACAUCAGUCAGUUCUUGUUAAGCAUCAGCUAAGUCACACAAGUGAGAAACCAUUUUCAUGCUCCGAGUGUGGGAAAUGUUUUACAUACAAAUCAGUUCUUGUUAAACAUCAGAGAACUCACACUGGUGAGAAACCAUUUUCAUGUUCUGAAUGUGGAAAAUGUUUUACACAGAAACCAGAUCUUGUUAUACAUCAGAGAACUCACACAGGUCAGAAGCCAUUUUCAUGUUCCGAGUGUGGGAAAUGUUUUAAACAGAAAUCAGAACUUGUUAUACAUCAGAGAAGACACACAGGCGAGAAGCCAUUCCCAUGCUCUGAGUGUGGGAAAUGUUUUACAUGGAAACAGAAUCUUGUUAUACAUCAGAGAAGUCACACAGGUGAGAAGCCAUUCCCAUGCUCUGAAUGUGGGAAAUGUUUUAUACAGAAACAAGGUCUUGUUCUACAUCAGAGAACUCACACUGGUGAGAAACCAUUUUCAUGUUCUGAAUGUGGAAAAUGUUUUACACAGAAACCAGAUCUUGUUAUACAUCAGAGAACUCACACAGGUCAGAAGCCAUUUUCAUGUUCCGAGUGUGGGAAAUGUUUUAAACAGAAAUCAGAACUUGUUAUACAUCAGAGAAGACACACAGGCGAGAAGCCAUUCCCAUGCUCUGAGUGUGGAAAAUGUUUUUCAAAGAAACAAUGUCUUGUUCUACAUCAGAGAACUCACACAGGUCAGAAGGCAUUUUCAUGCUCUGAGUGUGGGAAAUGUUUUUCAUACAAAUCCGUUCUUGUUACACAUCAGAGAACUCACACUGGUGAGAAACCAUUUUCAUGUUCUGAGUGUGGGAAAUGUUUUACACAGAAACCACAUCUUGUUGCACAUCAGAGAAGUCACACAUGUUUGUGAAAUACUUUACACUGAAAUCACACUUUUUUAAACAUUAGGAAAUACACAUUAAGUGAGAACUUAUUGGCAUAUGAUAUCUGGGUGGUAUAAGUGCAUGUCUGAGUGGCAUGUUAUAGUGCUUUAUUGUAUAUAGUGGGACAUUUCGUACCUGUGGCAUCUGAGGGGAUAUAGAGUGUUUAUGACAUGUUGGGCUAGUUGAUGGGGAAUUUGGGAUGAAUGAUGUGGGCGUGGUCAGGGCUGCAUUUGCUUUCCUGUAAGUACAACCAGAUGCCUAUAAAAGAGUGUACGUAGAAAGCUUCUUAUAAAAAUUGAGAAAGUCGUUAUAAUCAUUUCUGCAGCUGAUCUGUGAUAAUUUUAAUACGUUGAUUGGGUUCCUCAGUUUGAAAUACUGGGAUUAGAACAGGAAAUCUGUCCUGAGGAAUGUGCACUUUAGCACUGAAACGCGUCACGUUCCCCUGAGUUUCCCAUAAUACUCCAGCAAUUGUUUUAUUCUGUACAGAGUCUCUGCUACCAGUGUACAUGUAAUACAGACGCAGCAUCACUGAGUAACCUGCACCAGAGUAAUGGCUGUGUAUAACACCUAAUCCAGCCGUCUCUGCUACCGGUGUACAUGUAAUACAGAUGCAGCGUCACUGAGUAACCUGCACCAGAGUAAUAGCUGUGUAUAACACCUAAUACAGCCAUCCUGCUACCGGUGUACAUGUAAUACAGACGCAGUGUCACUGAGUAACCUGCGCCAGAGUAAUAGCUGUGUAUAAUACCUAAUCCAGCCGUCUCUGCUACCGGUGUACAUGUAAUACAGACGCAGCGUCACUGAGUAACCUGCACCAGAGUAAUAGCUGUGUAUGACACCUAAUCCAGCCGUCUCUGCUACCGGUGUACAU